CUUCUGUUCCUCGUUAUUGGACUCGGGACGCCGUUGACCUCGGAAACUGAAGAUGAGGUUGCCAUGGGAACUGCUGGUCCUGCAAUCCUUCAUGUUGUGCCUUGCAGAUGACUACACGCUGCAUGGCCCGAUUUUUGUUCAAGAGCCGAGUCACGUCAUGUUCCCUUUGGAUUCGGAGGAGAAGAAGGUGAAGCUCACUUGCCAAGUUCGAGGAAAUCCCAAACCACACAUCAGGUGGAAGCUAAAUGGAACAGACAUUGACGUCGCUAUCGAUUUCCGCUACAGUGUGGUCGAAGGCAGCUUGCUGAUCAAUAACCCCAACAAAACCCGCGACGCCGGGACCUACCAGUGCGUAGCAACCAACGCCCUGGGAACAGUGGUCAGCAGACAGGCAAAGCUUCAGUUCGCGUAUCUCGAGAACUUUAAGACGAGGACGAGGAGCACGGUGUCCGUCCGCCAAGGCCAGGGCAUGGCGCUGCUGUGCGGGCCGCCCGCCCACUCGGGAGAGCUGAGCUACGCCUGGAUCUUCAACGACUACCCCGCCUACCAGGACAACCGCCGCUUCAUCUCCCAGGAGACGGGCAACCUGUACAUCGCCAAGGUGGAAAAGUCGGAUGUCGGGAACUACACCUGUGUGGUCACCAACACGGUGACCAACCACAAGGUCCUGGGGCCACCCACCCCGCUGAUACUGAGAAACGACGGGGUGAUGGGCGAAUAUGAACCCAAAAUCGAGGUGCAAUUCCCAGAAACAGUCCCGACCGCCAAAGGAGCCACGGCCAGGCUGGAGUGCUUUGCCCUGGGGAACCCGGUGCCCACGAUCCUCUGGAGACGGGCAGAUGGCAAGCCCAUAGCGAGGAAGGCCAGGCGACACACGUCCGACGGGAUUCUUGAGAUCCCCAAUUUCCAGCAGGAGGAUGCUGGCGCCUACGAGUGUGUGGCUGAAAAUUCCCGAGGGAGAAACGUCGCCAGGGGACAGCUGACCUUCUACGCGCAACCAAAUUGGAUUCAAAAAAUAAAUGAUAUCCACGUGGCCAUUGAAGAGAAUGUCUUCUGGGAGUGUAAAGCCAAUGGGAGGCCCAGACCUACGUACAGGUGGCUGAAGAACGGCGAGCCCCUGUUCACUCAGGAUAGAAUUCAAAUCGAGCAGGGAACGCUCAACAUAACGGCGGUGAGCCUCUCGGACGCCGGCAUGUACCAGUGCGUGGCCGAGAACAGACACGGGGUCGUCUUCUCCAGCGCGGGGCUGAGCGUGAUAGCCGUGGGCCCAGAUUUUUCAGGAAGCCUCCUGAAGAGGGUGACUCUCGUCAAAGUAGGAGGGGACGUUGUCAUUGACUGCAAGCCCAGGGCUUCUCCCAGACCCGUCUACACCUGGAAGAGAGGAAGGGACACCCUGCGGGAGAGCGAAAGAAUUACUAUUUCGGACGACGGAAGCCUCAGCAUCGUCAACGUGACGAAGGCCGACGCUGGCAGCUACACCUGUGUUGCCACCAACCACUUCGGGACCGCGAGCAGUACCGGGAGCUUGGUCGUGAAAGACCCGACGAGGGUGACAGUGCCCCCCUCCAGCAUGGAUGUCACCGUCGGGGAAAGUAUCGUUCUCACGUGCCAGGUGAGACAUGAUCACUCGCUAGACAUCGUGUUCACCUGGUCAUUCAACGGCCACCUGAUAGACUUCGACAGAGACGGGGACCACUUUGAAAGAGUCGGAGGGGACUCAGCCGGGGAUUUGAUGAUCCGAAACAUCCAGCUGAAGCAUGCUGGGAAAUACGUCUGCAGGGUGCAGACCAGCGUGGACCAGCUGUCCGCCGCGGCCGACCUGAUCGUCAGAGGUCCCCCAGGCCCCCCGGAGGCCGUGACCAUCGAUGAAAUCACUGACACCACCGCUCAGCUCUCCUGGAGGCCGGGGCCGGACAACCACAGCCCCGUCACCGUGUACGUCAUCCAAGCCAGGACUCCAUUCUCCGUGGGCUGGCAAGCCGUCAACACAGUCCCCGACGUCAUUGAUGGGAGGACGUUCACGGCAACGGUGGUGGGUCUGAACCCUUGGGUCGAAUAUGAAUUCCGCACCGUGGCAGCCAAUGCGAUUGGGAUUGGGGAGCCCAGCCCACCCUCCGAGAAGCGGAGGACAGAGGAGGCCCUCCCCGAGGUCACCCCAGCUAACGUCAGCGGUGGUGGAGGCAGCAAACCUGAGCUGGUUAUAACCUGGGAGGCGGUCCCCGAGGAGCUGCAGAGCGGCAGGGGCUUUGGCUACGUGGUGGCCUUCCGGCCCUACGGCACAGCCAUCUGGAUGCUGACCGUGCUGGCCUCGGCCGACGCCUGCAGAUACGUGUUCCGGAACGAGAGCGUGCGCCCCUUCUCCCCCUUCGAGGUCCGCGUGGGCGUCUUCAACAACAAGGGCGAAGGCCCCUUCAGCCCCAUCGCCGUGGUGUACUCCGCAGAAGAAGAACCCACCAAGCCGCCAGCCAACAUCUUUGCCAGGAGUCUUUCCGCAACCGACGUUGAAGUUUUCUGGGCCUCCCCCAGGGAGAAGAACAGAGGACGGAUACAAGGCUAUGAGGUGAAAUACUGGAGACAUGAUGACAAGGAAGAAAACGCUCGAAAGAUACGAACCUUUGGAAAUCAGACAUCGACGAAAAUCACCAACUUGCAGGGCAGCUCCCUGUACCACUUGGCGGUGAAGGCGUAUAACACGGCAGGGGCGGGCCCCUCCAGUGCCACAGUCAACGUGACAACCAGAAAGCCCCCUCCGAGUCAACCCCCCGGGAACAUCAUAUGGAAUUCGUCGGACUCCAAAAUUAUCCUGAACUGGGACCAAGUGAAGGCUCUGGAGAACGAGUCGGAAGUGAGAGGCUACAAGGUCUCAUACCGAUGGAACAGACAGAGCCGCACAUCUGUCAUCGAAACAAAUCAGACCUCGGUGGAGCUUUCUCUGCCCUUGGAUGAAGAUUACAUCAUCGAAAUCAAGCCGGUCAGUGAUGGGGGCGACGGCAGCGCCAGCGGACAGAUCCGCAUCCCAAAGAUGACAAAUGCCUACGCCAGGGGCGCCGGGCCCUCCACCUCCACCGCCUGCACGCUGUCGGCCCUCAGCACCCUCAUGCUGUCGCUCACGGCCAGGUCCAGCUUAUGACGAACGUCCGUGGCCCCAGGACUGCUGUCUGUGACAUCAGCAACAUUUAGCGCGUUGUUUUGAAGACACCCAGUACUAAGUAAUAUUGUCGUUCGGGUACAUCUUAUUACUGGAAAAAAAAAUGUUUUUGCUUCCUUAGGAAUGGCAUUAUACAGAACUUCCUCAAAGCGUCUCCCGGCUCCGCGUUUCCCUGGAAACGCUGCAGUGCACUGAAGACAUCUGUAACAUGAUGUUA